UUAGAUGGAGCCUACUGUGGAAAUGACGAAAUUGCCACACAUAUUUAUUAAGAAGCCCCACAAACGCCAGCUGAGAAUGUCAAACUAGCCCCGCGAUUCGUUUAAUGAAUGUGUCCGGCUGAUUGCGGUUUCCUCCUGUCUCAUUCGUAAACAACAGUGUUACUCGGGGGAUUUUGCACUCUGUUCAAUCUUUUUUGGCCUUUUUAUUUGUUUCAUUGGGAACGUCUUGAAUCUGGCCUCAACUAGUCUGUUUCCAUCGUCCCGAAAUGAUUAAACGACCCAAACCCGGCGAAACUGAGGAAGAUAUCUUGCGCAUGCAAGAGGAAUUUUUGGCGCAAAAAGCCAAAAAUCCUCAGCUACAGCCGGCAGCCCAAAUUGUUAAGAUCGACAAACCCCCCAAGCAAUCCCUGUUUGCCAAAGCCCGGCAGCAAGCACAAACAAAACCACCUGCAGACAAUGCACUACAACCAGCUCCCACAACCGAACUGAAUUCCAAUCUCAUCCUCGAGGAAAUACACAAAAAAAUUGUUGGAGAUGUUGCCGACAGUGAGGCUAGUAAAACCAUAACCGAUAUUGUUAUGGGUGAUAUUGUAGAGAAGUCUUUUGAUGCUCCUAAAGUGGUGAAUUAUUCCCCGGAAGUGGAAACUGCAGCAUUUCCCAAAAUUCAAAAAAUAUCGCUAGGAAAUGUUGCCCAGAAAAAGGGAAAAAGUAUUUUUGCCCAGACAUGUAAUAAGAAACCCUCAGAGAAACCACAACCAAUGGAAGUUGAUGAAGUUGUUGCAUUGGAAAAGCGUAGUGAUUUGAAUGAAUUGUAUGGCAAGACAAGUGUCAUUGUUGAGGACACCAAGACCGCCAAUGAAAUUCACAAUGAAAAUCUCAAUUUGUUGUGUAAAAUGAAAGAAGAGGAGAUACUGGCUGAACGGAAGAAGCUGAUGGAGUCAAUUGAUCCUGCAAUUGUUGCUCUGUUGGCCAAGAAACGUCAGGAGAAGGCCCAACAAAUAAUGUCCCCAAAUGCUCAAAAGUCCCCUCCAGCAGUGCCUUUGAAUCAAACAACGUCUCCUAAAACUGUUACUCUUGAACUAGAGGUCGAGUCAUUGCCACCAACCAAUCCAGCCGUUGAAAUUCUACAACGCUCCGCGGCCGAACAAUGGAUACAUUUUGAUGUUGUGGAAAAAGAUAAAUUAGAAUGGAUGCGGGAUAUACCAUUGCAAUCGGCUAAACUAAAGCCGGGGCAGAAAUUCGAAGCACGUUUCGAUUGGAAGGGAGUACUGCUGCCCUAUACCAUGGAUGAGAUUAGUGACAAAACUAAUGGUGCUGUGGAAAAAGAUGAUCGUGAAUUGUAUAUGCAUGGUGAUGAACCUCAUCGUCCUGGUUAUACGUUGCAAGAACUAUUUAGGUUGGCCCGUUCAAAUGUCAUGCAGCAGCGGGUGACGGCCUUUAGUGCCAUUGCCGGCAUAUUGAGUAUCUAUCAGCAGGGUUUUUAUGAUCAAGUGCUAGAUUUGCCCAUUAGUAAAAUAUUCUUCCUGCUGAGAUUUGGUUUCGAUGACAAUACCCCCGCAAUGCUGGAAAUUGUGGGCAAGGCAUUGGCCUAUUUGUUUUAUAAUGAAACAGAUGAGACUUUACUGGAUUUCUUUUAUGAUAAUCCAGGCUGCCAAUGGCAACCUUCUUUGGAAGUAUUAAAUUUGGAAACCCUUGGCGAUGAUGACGAAAUGAAAACUAUUGAACAUUUACAAAAGCAAAUGCAACAAAUGCAGUUGUCAUUCAAGGGUGCUGCCCAUACGGUCAAUGCCAAUGUUGAGGAAAACGAAGAGGAAAGUAAAACAUCCAUGAGUGAUUUUCAAUUGGCUGAAACCGAUUUAGUUGAUUGUCUUUUGAGAACAAAUAUUCUGCAGAGAAUUUAUUUUAUUCUGAAUGUGGUGAAACCAGAAAAUGGCACUGUGUCGUCUUGUUUAAAAUUGCUUAUACGUCUGGCCAGAUCCGGCAAGGAGGUGGCCUUACAAAUAGUCAACAAUGAUGAUUUAAUGCAUUGCUUGUUUGAGAACUUUUUACCGGGUUUGGAGAAAGUUGACACCUGUCUUCAGACACCCCCUUUCUACAAUUAUCCCCAAUAUCUAUGCCUUAAACUCAUGAGAAUUUUAAUUUCCUGUAAUCUAAGCAUUGCUGUGAAAUUAAUCAAAUUCAAAUUAAUUGAUAUUUUGGAAAAUUAUUUAUUCAAUCGAGAAGAUAAAAAGGGCAAUCUUAUUAAAGUUCAAAUCGAGGCGUUACGCUGUCUAAGAUGUCUACUACUAUUGCGCGUGGAGAAUAAUACUUUACAUAGAAAAUUUGUAACCGCCUUUCGUUACAUGCUCGAUUGGCACUACAAUCAUGUAACUUAUGAAGAGGGCGGACCCUUUUUGAUACGACAACACGCAGCGGCUCUACUGGCAACAAUUGCCAGCAUCAAUGGUCCGGUGGGCUGCGAAGUAACGGCCCUGUUGGGUGACAUAUUGCAUGAUUGCAGCUGCAAUUGGUUCCACAAGGCAAUGCGUUUUGGUGUGAAAGAGUUUUCCCAAGCCACUUUGCUAAGUUCCUGUCUGAAUGCUGUUACAUGGUAUAUACGACACACGGAUACGGCACGUUUUCAGAAUUUCAUUGGCAAAUAUUUGUGUGAAUUUAUCAAGUCGGAUAGUUUUGUAAAGUUCAUCAAUACAAUAAGUUCCUCCUCAAUUGUGCUACGCAAAUCCGUUGAUCGUCGAAAUGUCCACAAUCCAUUACCCAAUGUUGGGUCAGUAAUAAUGAACUCCUAUGGCCCACAAUUGGUCAUAACACAAACCUAUCCGAUUUAUGUUAUAACCGCAAUCUGGCGUCUAAUGGAACUGCUUUUGGAACGGAGUGAAAAACAAAUUUUCAAUGCUCUAUUUGAUCCGAAAAUUCUCGAACCAAUGGUGGAGCUACUACGUGGUCUCAGCACAAAAUGCAAUAGCUAUUUGGCAACGAAUUUCUUUGCCAAAAUGGAAAUUAAACUGCUAUUUAAAUUACUGUGCUUCGAGGGGUUCAAUGAGUAUUUCAAACCCGCCGAAAUGGUGCAAAUCGUCUAUAACUAUUUGUGUUGCUUAACGGCCGAACAUAUACCCGAAGUGGAAGAACUUUUUGAAAGGGUCAUCUUUAAUCCUAAAUAUAUUUCUGUGGAGCUGGAGACCCUUAACAAAUGGCGUACAAAAUGUUUGGAACUGGUUUACACGCGUUAUAUUGUGGUGCCCCCCAGCGAAUUGACUCUGUCGCUGCCUUUUAGUCAAGUACCCAUUUUGCCAACGGAUUGGCCAUAUUUCCAAUUGAAAGUUAUUCUACAGCAUUAUGUUGAGAAUGUGAAACAGAAAACGGCAGCGGACUUUUCGGAACGUGAAAUUCUUCAGAUGACCUUAAACUUUGUUACCCAAUUGGAGGAAUGCAACGAGCACAUACAAAUCGUUUCACCCACCGAAAAAAUAAUGUAUCUAAUGAUUGCAUUUAUGGGCCCGGAUUCUCAGUUCCUCGACAAAGAAGUCAAUCAACUUUUAAGGCAACAUUUGCUGAAGUUUUAUAAAGACUGUGAAAAGGUGGAAUUUCAAUUCGAUGCAGAAUAUCAUGGAAAAUGUAAAUUUGAAAAUCUCUAUGUUUUGUUUUUGGAUCACUUUCAAGCCGCCAGUUAUGGCGAUGAACUCUUUAGCUCUCUGGUAAUGGUCCCACUGGCACAGAAAUAUGAUAACAAAUGGCGUCGCCGAGUUUGGUCGGAUCAUGUAUCAGCAUUGAGAUUUCUCGAUUGUAAAGAGGAAUUGCUCAUUGGUGGUCUGACAGCAUAUUUGGAACCCCAUGAACAAGAAGAAUCUUUGCUAAAGGAAUACAAUACAGCCUUAAAUUUAAAUUUAGUACGUCCAAAUACAUUACCACACAAAAUAGCCAAACAUCAUUUAGAUAAGUUCAAGAAACGUUUAAAUAAAUGAAACUUCUUGCAAAGGAGACAAUUUUGAAUGUAA